CCACCUUUGCGCUCUUUCUCACUUCCACAUCCCCUCCCUCUUUUUUUCUUCUGCUAUUAUCUUCAAGUCGCCCCAAUUGCUCGAGACUGCUCUCGAAUUCUGCAAAUGCGGCCUCAAAGACUCUGGAGGUCCUUGGGACUGAUCCAACGCUCAUCCGCUCGCUCCUUUCUCCCCGCUGGUCCCUGUUCCCGGACCAUACGGAGUCUCAGCUCUGCGUCCCGAGGGCCUGAUUUCGCCUUUGCCUUUGACAUCGAUGGUGUUCUCCUGCGAUCCUCGAAGCCUAUACCCGGUGCGGCCGAAUCCCUAGCCCUCCUACAGAAAGAAGGAAUUCCCUUUAUUCUCUUGACAAACGGUGGCGGCAAACAUGAAACAGAACGAGUCGCGGAGAUAAGUGAGAAGCUACAGGUGCAACUAGACCCAUCCGUUAUUAUCCAGAGCCAUUCCCCCUUCGCCGAACUCGUGCGGGGAACAGAGACCCAAAGCCCGUUAGAGGAUAAAUGUGUGCUGGUCGUUGGAGGAGACGGAGAUCAGUGUCGCCAAGUGGCUGAAAGGUAUGGAUUCCGGAACGUGAUUACACCAGGCGAUAUCUUUAUGGCGAAUCCCUCCAUCUGGCCCUUCUCUCAAGUAUUUCGCGACUAUUACAAAACCUUCACCCGGCCAUUAUCGCAUGCUGGCGACGCCAGCGAUCCCACCAAGGGCUUGAAAGUUGACGCCAUCCUUGUUUUUAACGACCCACGAGACUGGGCGCUGGACGCCCAGAUUAUUAUAGAUCUCCUGCUAUCGUCGCAGGGAGUACUGGGGACAUUGUCGGAAAAGAAUGGCCGUUCGGAUCUCCCCAACCGGGGGUAUCUGCAAGAUGGACAGCCGCCGCUCUACUUCUCGAAUCCGGAUCUAUGGUGGGCUGCAGCCUACAGCCUGCCUCGUCUAGGCCAGGGUGGCUUCCGCGAGGCGUUGGAAGGAACAUGGGCUGCUAUCACUGGUGGGCCAGGAAAAGGUGUUGAGCUAACCAAGACGGUCAUUGGCAAGCCCUCGCAAGGAACAUACGAAUUUGCCGAGAAACAGCUUCGACGCAACCUUGCGAAGGAUUUCAACUCGGACUCUGCCCAGCCCCUCCUACAGAAUGUUUACAUGGUUGGGGACAACCCGGAGUCAGACAUCCGAGGAGCGAACUCCUACCGCAGUCCGUAUGGCAGUCAGUGGCAGUCAAUCCUCGUCCGCACCGGAGUCUAUCCUGGGGGGGAACCGGCGUGGACUCCGAAGACAAUUGUUGAUAACGUCCAGAGGGCAGUUGAGUGGGGGUUGCAGCACUCCAAGUGGUAGUUUAGAGCGAUCACCCCAUAUCACUGACCCAAUGUAUAUAUAUCCCUUACGAGUGAUUGGGUUGUAUUGUGUCGGUGUCUUGCCUUCUCUCGAUGAAGUCACUUUCUCUUGCUUUCUACAUAGAAUAUGAGAUGUUGACAAUGACCGCUGCUGAGACCAAAACGGUCGCAUUAAUUAGUUAUAUAAUACAAUAUCUAAGCCAUGGCUUUAG